AUGUCUCGCCUGAACAGAGCCUUGCGCAAAACGCUCGUUGAGUUCUUCAAGAAGACGAGCCUGAAUGGCUUCGGUUUGCUCUACUUUAUUCGGAGACGGCCGUAUCAGCGCAUCUUUUGGUUUCUUUUCAUAGCCACGGGCAUAUCAGCGGCCACUUUUGUGGUCUUCUCAACGCUCUUGCAGUUCUUGGCGAGUCCCACUGUAACAUCUUUGUCUGAAUUGAGUUUAGAAUCGGUGGAGUCGUUGCCAUUUCCUGCUUUGGCUAUUUGUAGUGCGAACAAGUUGAGUCGCCAGCGGCUGCAGGAAUUUGCCGAGCAGUUGGCGUUGUCCAAUGGAGAGUCUAGAGAGCAUUGGCUGAAGCAGCUGCAGCUGCUCGCUGGCUACUUUUAUCCUUUGGCUGUUUCAGCUGUGAGUGCUGCCGAACUUCAGGUUGCUUUAGCAUCUCAUUGGCCUCGGGAUGUGCGCUCGCAACUGCUGCAACUGUCGCCCAGCUGUGAGCGUUUCCUACUCAGCUGCCACGUGGAUGCAGUUGCUAGCAAUUGCUCUGAGCUCUUUCGACUAACGCCCAGCUUUGAUGGCUGCUGCUGUGUUUUGCAGCAUUCAAGCAGCAUCUCAGGUUCGCUAACGCUACGCCUAAAUGCCUCCCACGCAGAUGACUUCCAUAUGCCACGCUCACAGGCCACUGCUGCCUUCAGCCUGCAUCUGCCUGGCUGGCAGGGCAGAGCGAGUCUCGCACCUGGCGAAUCGUCCUCUAUACAUUUACGUGCGCUCCAUUUGAAAGCCGAUCCACAGCUGCGUAAUUAUCCUUUGACCGAACGUGGCUGUCACUUUCCAGAGGAGGCUGAACAUCUGGUGCAGUGCUUGCCACUUUGUCGCCUACGCAGCACCCUUGCUGCAUGCAACUGUGCACCCUUUGUCUACGACUUGGCCACGGCCGACGGUCAGCUUAACAACGUGAGCUACUGUACUCUGGCCCAAACAGCAUGUCUGCAGUCUGUGGAGGCCAGCUGGUCCCCUUGGAGCUGUGUGGAGUGCUUGCCCGCUUGCAAUGAUUGGCGCUAUGAGCUGCGCAAGAGUUUGUCCGGCUACGUUGGCCAGUUGGAGAGUAGAGUGAGCAUUCGCUAUGAUGGACAGCGUGUGCCAGUUUAUCUGCAGGCCGGGCUCUACAACUGGUACCAACUGCUGUCUAACAUUGGGGGCGUGCUAAGCGUGUGCAUUGGCUGCUCGUUCAUUAGCGGCUUUGAGUUUGUCUACUUUAUGGUGUUUCGACUGUGGCACAACUGGCAGCAAUUAGGCAUGUGA